AUGCCCCCUUCCAACCCCGCGUCCGGGGUGGGACAGCCGAGGAGGAAACCAGUGAGGGCGAACAGGCGCUCGCGGGCAGGGCGACUCGCGGCGCCCUGGGUGCUGGUCUCCAGCUUGGAGGCGGGGACUCCCCGGGCGCGGGCGGGCGAGCCCGGGGCGCAGCUUUGCACCGCGCGGGGCUCGCCUGCACCCCAACCGGCGCGCGCCCCCGCGCCCAGCCGCCUCCCGCGAGCGCUGAGCCCUCGCCCGGAGCCCGCGCGCCCUGGGCCUCCGCUCUCCCGUCCCGCCCCUAUUCUUCCGCCAAAACCUUUGACCAGAGUCUUCCUGCCAACAUUCCUAAAUCUCUUUUGCCAGCUCUUUGCGCCAGAGGCUUUCUGCAGCAGUUCCCGGAAAGCCCUCGGGGAUGGAACUGGGGGGCAUCCAGCCCACAGUGAGGACGCGCCGCCGUGGGAGGCGGAGGUGGGGAGGAGCUGGAGGGCCGGCGUGACCUUGGCCUGUGGUCUGAGCUGGUACCGGUGCCCUCUGACCCGGAGGAGAGGACACCAGAUCUCGGGUAACAAUGGAGCCCGCGGCGCGCGGCGGGCACCCGAGCACGCCAGGCGCCCAGCAGCGCGCCCCUUUACCGGGCAGGGAGGCCGGGUGGGGCUGCAGCACAGCCUCGCCCGCGCGAAUCUACUGACUCGGCUCUACGUGGCAGCGACACUGCCGACCCUCGCCCGGCUCCGGGGUGCGUUCCCCACCCCUGCCGCGCUUUCCUCAGCCCCUCCGGGCCUGACCCGCAGCGUCCAGGGGAGCCCUGCUGCUCCUGCCCCAGGUCACUACCCGGCCGCCCCGGGCGCCUCCCGGGCGUUCGGAGUUGCGAGCAGCUGCCGCUACCUCCCGAGCGCCCCGCACGCCUCGGCGGCGGAUCCCCAAGAUCCUGGGCGAGCUGCCUCGCUCCUCCCCGGGGGUCCGAGCGAGCACGCCGAGGUUGGCUAG